CUUCUAAACAAAUUCAAUCCAAAAUCGUCCGCGAGCAAUGUCCGUUUCGUGUUUUUCUUUUUUCAGAUUUUCACUGUUUUUCUAAUCUUACCGAUAAAGUCAAGAAGUUGGCCUUGUUUUUCGGUUUAUUUCGCCAGUUUCUUCAGCAGCAAUGAGGCUUAUUGAAAAAGUAUUCAACCCCACCGGUAAAUCCCACAUUGGAACGUUGAUUUUCUUUCACGGAUCUGGUGACACCGGAAGGGGGCUAACCGAAUGGAUCCGUUUUCUGCUGGGUCGGGAUCUGGAGUUUCCGCACAUAAAGGUCAUCAUUCCAACGGCACCGGUCCAGCCGUACACUCCGAUGGGUGGAGAGAAUUCGAACGUUUGGUUCAACCGGAAGCGCAUUGAAAUGGACUGUCCGGAGAUUCGGACAUCACUGGCAUCGAUCUACGAUACGGUCAACGAGAUACUGAAGCGUGAAAUCGCGCAAGGUGUCCCUGCUGAACGGAUCAUUGUUGGUGGAUUUUCAAUGGGAGGUGCCUUGGCACUACAUACAGCUUAUCACUUAAAUCGAGAUUUAGCUGGAGUGUUCGCAAUUUCUUCCUUCCUCAACACCGGAUCCAUUGUGUAUGAUUCGGUGGGAUCGAUUACCGAAGGUGAAAAGCUUCCUGAUCUGUUGAUGUUCCAUGGUGAAAGAGACACUUUGGUGCCGUUAGAAUGGGGCCAAACGACAUUCGACGAGCUGGCCAAGCUCGGCGUUCGGGGUCAGUUUGUACCCCAUCGAAAUGCGUUGCACGAAAUCAAGAAGGAUCAGUUGUUAAGGAUUGUUGAUUGGACACAAAAGCUGAUUCCCCUACCCGCAGAUGAAGUCAGCAAACAAUCUAAAGGAAAAUUGUAAAGCAGUUGAACAAUAACUGUUUAUAAUUAUAGUCAAGCUAAGCUGUCAUCCAAUUAGGUAUGUACUACCGUCGAUCGGUUGAAUGAAGAGUAUUUGAGCAAACCUCUUUUAUCACCAGACACUGCGACGUGAAAUAGGUAAUUGUGCAACAUUGUUAACAGGUGUUAUCAGUUUUUUUUAUUUUGAGCACGGCAUCAUCCGGUGGAAUGAAUAUUAUCUCGGACAACAAAGCCAAUUGCUGAGCAAAUAUAGUACUGAUGAUUGUGCUAUUUUCUAACAA